AUGAGUAAUAGUAUUGUAUGGAGUAUAAUUGCUUCAUUGAAAGAGAACAAAAUUUAGUAUUUUUAUUUUUUACAAAUAUGAAAUUCUAAUACUUUUUCAAAUGAAGUUCGACAAACUUUUCAGAACUGGGCAUCAAAAAACAAUACUAGCAUUAGAUGUCAAUCGUGACGGAAUAUUGUCAAGUAUUUCUGAAGACGGUCAUUGUAUCUUGUGGUCGUCUGAUGGUCAAAUUGCUCAAGAUUUAGAUUUGAGCAACGAGCAUUGCACUUUGUGCCAUCUGCAUCCUUUGAAUUCCAUUGUUUUUGAUUCUUCAAAUAGUAACACGUUUUAUAUUUCGUGUGGGAAGAUAAUUUUAGUGUAUGACAUAAGAAAAUGUUCUAAAUCUCAAAGAAAGUACGAGUUUAAUACCGAUGAAAUAAAUCAAUUGUGUGUUAACCACAGUGGUCGGUAUUUAGCUGCUUGUGACGAUGCUGGAGAAGUAAAAGUAAUCGACGUUCAAGAGUCCUGUCUGUUUAAGACACUCAGUAGACAUCAUGACAACAUAUGUUCAACUGUUCAAUUUAGACCAAAAAAGUCUUGGCAACUACUGAGUGCAGGUCUUGAUUGCAACAUUAUUAAUUGGGAUUUCUCGUGUGGGAAACCUCAACAAAUAUUUGACAUCAACUAUGAUAUUCAUAAAAAAACAUCCAAUGAAACAUUGCCAUUCAUCAAUCCACCUUUUGUUCACUCAAUUUCACUUUCUGAGGAUGGCAAGAAAUUUGCUGCAGGAUUAGGUAAUGGUGACAUUGGACUAUUUCAGUUUCAUGGCAAAAAGUUUAAAAUUAUAACAAGUUUAAAAGCUCAUGAUACAGAAGUAAGCCAAAUAUUCUUCCACAAAUUUAAGAAUUUUGAGGAGCAAUCCCUCGUGAGUGGAGGCAAUGAUGGCAGGCUUAAAAUUUGGAAAGAAAUUACUGAUGGUCAAAGUUCAAACUAUAAAUUAUGUUACACCAUUGUUCAUGGUAGUAAAGUAAACUGGAUCACCUGUUCUUCAUUUGUAAAAGAUAGUAUAUUUGUUGCAGAUCAAUCUUUUCAUGUAGCUGAAUAUAGAUUGGAGUUAUAAUAUGUACUUAUUUAUACUAUAUAAAAUUGGACACAAUAUUCAAACAUAGAGGUUUACUUGUGUCGAUAUGUAAUUCAAUAAAACACCAUGGAUAGGCUACAUUAUUAUUGGUAUUUUCAUAAUUUACAAGAGUAUUUGCCUGAGUCAACAACUAUGACUUAGAAGUCAAUUACUUCCUUUUAAACAUCUACAAAGGACUUAUUUGUUAUAUAUGUAGUAAUUAAUCACACUAUAUUCAAACUAAAAAUAUACACCACCAA